AUGCUGCUUCUAGCUUCAGCUCUUCUUCUAACACUGCUGCAGUGCUCUAAAGCCCAAAACAAAACAAGCAUUACACCUGCAGACUGUAAUACUGUUGAAACAGAUGCAGGAGUGGCCCUGGAUUUGGUCAACAGACACCGCAGAGAUGGCUUUGUCUUUGGUUUAUUCCGUGUUGCUGAUGCACACAAACUACAUAUAGGAAAUUCAUCAGUCCUCUACUUAACCUUGGACGUGCUGGAAACUGAAUGCUCUGUAUUAUCCAGAAGACACUGGGAGUCUUGUGAAUACAGUGACACCUAUUCCAUGGACUUUGGGCAAUGUAAGAUUAUCACAUAUACAAGCCAGCUGCUGAGGAAACCUCAACUAUAUGGAUUUAAUUGUACAUUAAGUCCAGUUCCCCCUGAUUUAUUAGAGUGCAAAGAUUGUCCUGUGAAAGUUGAAGUCUUAGAAGUCACCGAGCAACAUAAAAAUAUUGCUGCAAAGGCCCUGGAGAAAUUCAAUAGAGAGAGUAACCACACAAACUACUUCAACGUGGACAAAGUUGAAAAGAUUUUAAAGAUGACUGCCUCCCAUGAAGGUUACAUCUUAGGAUUCUCUAUAAAAGAGACCAACUGUUCCAAAUCUGCACAACAAACAGACCAGGCAUUGGAAUGUGAUUUUCUGGAUGACUGGCACACUCACAUGGGAUUCUGCAAGGCAAGAAUGAUCAGUGAUCCAGAUGAACCUGAUAGAACAGAUAUAAGCUGUGACAUCUACCAUCCCUGGCACCAUCACUAUGGGCAAAGAUGCAAACAUUCAGCUCUGAGACAGCCACACAGACAUCCCCAUCCCCAUCACAGGCAUCGUCACAGGCAUCGUCACAGGCAUGGAUGUCCACUGUCUUCUCAAUCCACACCUGAAGACUCUGAGCAUAACCACAGUUUCAACACAGAACAUCAAGACAGCCAUGAAGGACCUGCUCUUUCUCUUCGCCCCCAUGAGGAAUUCCAUGAUCUCCCUUCUUCUUCUCCCCAUGAUGAACCACAUAAUCCUCCUCUUGGUCCCCAUCAUGAACCACACUGUCCUCCCCCUCCUCAUGGACCACAUCGCCACCACCCUCCUCCCCAUCAUGGACCACAUCACCGUCCUCCUCCAGGCCACCCUCGUCAUCUCUAUCAUCACUAUUACAGACAUCACUGCAACAAGACAGGCAAAUCAGGAAAGUACUUUCCAUUCCAAAUAACAGGAGCUGUCUAUCGCAUUCCAGUUCUAAAUCAGCAGGAUUCUCUCACACCUCCCACUGCAAAGUUUCCUGAGCUAUCCGAAAGCAGCCCUCACUUCUCCAGCACUGGUGAAGGUAUUCCCUUAACUGGCUCAAGUCUAAAGGAGGUGCCAGAAGCUCUGGGUUUUCCAGAUCACCCUACACAAUCAAAGUCAUGCCCAGGAAACCCCAAAUUUGUUCUUCCAAAAAUUUUGCCUUUAUUUCCACACAGCUCCAUGUCAGAAAAUUCUCCCACGUGA